AUGAAGAAUUACAAGCCACGAAAGUUUAAGUGGAACGAUAACAUCAAUUUCCUCAAAAACACGCGAUUUUCUUCCGAGGAAACCCAAAAGAGGAAGCGGCAGCACCGAAACGGCCCCAAAAUUAAUUCCGGAACCGAGAAGAGGAACCGGGAGCGACGCUGGGCCCGGAAAAACCGGCACGGGAUGGCCGGGCGAGGAAGACUCCGAGGAAGGAGAGCGGCCCUGGAGGACCUGCUGCAAGAUCUGAAAAAUGAGCUGGAGAAGAGGCAGGCGAAAAAAACCCCGGAGAUUUCCCACCAGGAAACCCCAGAACAGGGGCAGGAGGAGAAGAACCAGAAGCAGGAUGUGAAGAGCUCCAUCAGCAGGUGUGGGAAAGUGACUUUCCAGCUGCCCCUGGACACGGCUCCGGGGCUGGAAGAGCGAGUUUGUCACUUCUCGUGGAGGAGCAGCGCCCUGAAGGAAACCCUGAGGAAGCUCCAAGCCAGCGUGACCCUGGACCCCGACACGGCACACCCCGAGCUGGUUCUCUCCGAGGACGGGAAGAGCGUUUGGCGCGGCUCCUCGCCCCGCCAGCUCCCGGACUGCCCUGAGCGCUUCGACCACUGGCCCUUCGUGCUGGGCCGCCAGGGCUUCGUGUCCGGGCGCCACUGCUGGCACGUGGACGUGGGCGACGGCGGCGACUGGGCCGUGGGCGUGGCGCGGGACUCGGUGCCCAGGAAGGGGCGGCUGAGCCUGGGCCCGCAGGGCGGCAUCUGGGCCCUGGAGAAGUGGGGCGCGCAGCUGCGGGCGCUGACGGCGCGCAGGGUGACCCCGGUGGCGCCGCGGUGGCUGCCGCGCAGGGUCAGCGUGCACCUGGACUGCCACGGCGGCUCCGUGGCCUUCCUGGACGCCGAGGACGGGGCGCUGCUCUUCGUCUUCUCCCGGGCGGCCUUCGGCGGGGAGCGGCUCCGGCCCUGGCUCUGGGUGGUGGGGGCCCGGUCACGGCUGCGCGUGUGGCCCUGA